UUUUUUUCAAAUAAUAUAUUUUUUUACUUUUUUACAAAGUUUUUAACUAAAAUUUUAUAAUUAUGGAUGGCAUGGUUCGACAAGUCUUGACGUUAUGUCCUGACGCAGAUCAGGACGAAGUGGAGAGGGAUUUAAACUUAACAGGAGACAUUGAAAUCACACUGAAUCGCGCGCUGGAUGGAAUGCUUAGUCCUAAAAGUUUAUCAUUUGGGUCACCAAAGAACUCUGGUGCAGUCACAUUGGUCAUGGAUGAUGAUGAUGAUGAUAUUCUAGUUCUGCCUCAACCCAACUUCACAAACAUCAAAGAAAGAGGGCUGCACAAAGCUGAGAACAGAAUAUCUGUAGAACUCUCAGAUUCCGACUCAGAAUUAACAGAGACGUCGGCUACUUGUAAAAAAACUUUGGAUGAACUCAAAUCAAGAGUAGAAAGUUUAGAAGCAUCGUCUUCGAAAGAUCAUCCUGUCAGUACUUCUACAAAAUCUGUUCCAUCCAGUCCAGAUUCUGACUCAGAACUACUGAAACCAGUUUUUGACUAUGACCCCAGCAGUAGGAAUACGAGCUGCACUUCGCAAAAAAUUCCGAAACCAAAGAGUUUAUCAAAAUGUGUUGUUGACCUUGGUGAGGAUGCUAGUUUAAAUAUUGAGGUGGCAUCAAAAUUUGCUGGGGGCAUUCCUGUGGAGGGAUCAACUGGGGUAGUUAAGGACACCAGAGGACGUUCAGCGUCGACAGAGGUUUCUUCAGAGGAACCUGUGAGGAAGAAGAAAAGGACAAAGGAGGAAGUGGAGGAGAGAAAGAGGGAAGCAAUGUUGAAGAAGGCGGCAAAAGAAAAAGAGAAAAAGGAAAAACUUGCAGAAAAAGAGCGUCAAAAGGCAGCUCGUGCUGCGGCACAGCAGGAGAAGAAGCUUCAGAAAGAAAAAGAUCAGCUCCAGAGAAAGGCUGAAAGAAUGACAAAGUCUGCAAAUAAACUGGAUGGAUGCAUGAAGUUUAUUUCAGUGUCUAUGGAUCCAUCACUUUUCUUCGAUCAAUCGCCUGACCCGGCCACAAAUCCCAUUCUUCAGAAGUUAUCUUCAAUGGAAGCGAAUUACGUCAUCACGUCUCAGGCGUAUCCUGGAAGCGUCUUAUGGCGACGAAACAUCGUGCAACAUUCGGUCCAAGAUCGUGAAUUGACGAUAACCUCAUCAGACGCUUUCAAAGAAGAAAACGAAGUUCUUAUUGUUUUAUCUGCGGAAGCCUUCGCAGAAAUGGUGUUUUCUUUUAAACAGGGUUACGCGGGCGGAGGUGAUCUUCCUUCAGAGCAAGAACUUCCUAAAACAUUAUUGGAUUUUACCAUGCAUGUCAGGAGCAUUUACAAAGGAAAGAAAGUGACAUAUAUUAUUAGUGGAAUCGAGAAAUAUAUGAGAAAUGUGAAGCUAAAGGGACAACGGGCAUUUCGUAAGGCAGCCGUCGGCGAGCCAGCGGUGGAGGACGGCACGCGGAAAAGACGGAAGAAGAAAGUAGAGCCAGUACUUGAUGUAACUAGGACAGAUAUUGAAGAAGCAUUGGUAGAUCUUCAAAUCAAGACAAACGUUUGUGUCUAUCAUUGUGAGACGGAUGAAGAUCUUGCAAUGAAGAUCGCUGUUUUUACAAAGGCUGUCGCGGAGAAGCCUUUCAAAAAAUCUCUGACCGACGAACUUGGCAUUUGUUUGGACCGUCUGGAUAAAGCCUCUUUAAAGGUAACGAAAGACGGCCAGGGGAUGGUGAAUGUCUGGCAACAACAAAUUCAACAGUUCAGAAACGUCUCUCGUGAAAUGGCCGCCGCAAUCGUCGCUGAGUAUCCAUCACCGCAACUAUUGAAAGAGAAGUACGAGCGAUGUCAGUCUCUGCAAGACGCCUUGUUGCUGUUGGAAGAUAUCGUGGUUCGUAGAGGUGGUGGGUCGCUGGCAACCAGCAGGAGGAUUGGACCCGAAUUAUCAAAACGGUUUUACAUACUUUUUCAUUCCAAACAAAGUAGUGAUUUAGUCAAGGGAUAGAUAGGAAUUUAAGAAACUAUUAUUUUGCUUCUAUUGAUAAAACGAUAAUAGAUAUCAGGAACUAAGGAACGGACCACUGGGCUCU